GCUGUGAGACGGUGAGUGAAUGAAGCCUUCUCUCUCUCUCUAAAUCAUCCGAUCUGACACAAGCACACGCUCUCUUCUCUUUCUCCAUCUUAUUACUAAAUACACACCCCAAAACAAUGGCGGUUCAGUUUCUGUCUUCAUUAACGCAAUUAACCAUACUAACUGAAAACUCUGUCACACACAGAGAAAUAAACCGCUAAAUCAACACAACUCUAGAUUAUUAUUAUUAUUACUACUAUUCUAGUCGUAACAAGACCACGGUCUUCGCCGCCGCUUCAACUACCCGAAUAAAAAAACCAGUUACUGCGUAAAAAACCCGACCCGGUUCAUUUCUCACUUUUUUAUAAAGGAGGUUUUGAGAACACUGUUUUCUUGUCCCCUCCCUUCAAAAAGAUAACAAGUGUGAACUGCUUACGUUUUUUUUUUAUACUUGGUCGUUUUCUGUUACAACGUUAGUGUUUCUACUUCUGGCUCUGGUUCUGCUCAUUCUCUCACCUUCAUUUUCUACUUCUUUUUUCUUGAGAUCCGGUACUCCUUGGGAUUUGUUGCCUUCUUUGUCUGAGAUCUGUUUGAUUUUUCUGAGUUUGGUGGUGAGUCAAAAAUAACUGGAUAUUGGAAGGUUGUAUCAUGGUUGAAGAUAGGAUUGGGAGCGAAUGAAGGGUACAAGGGAGACGGUGGUGUUUUAUAGUCAGACUGAUUUUGGUUGAAGAUUGAAAUGGGUGGGAAUCUUUUCUUUUGGUUGAUUGUUGAUUGUUGAGGCAAUUUGGUGUUUGUGUUUUGGUUGGUGAUAGAGAUAAGAAGAAUGGUGUUGUGGAGUAGGGAAGAGGAGAGCAAGAGGAUUUGUUUUUGGUUUGGGUUUGGGUUUGGGGUUCAUCUUGUGGGAAUUUGUGUGAUUGAAAAACAUUGAUUUUGGGUUUUGGUUUGGUUUGGUUUUAACUUUUAAUAAGGUUUGAAAUUUACUGAAAUGAAGCUUUCUUCAGCUGGUUUUAGUCCUCCACCUCAGGAAGGAGAAAAACGGGUUCUAGAUUCGGAACUUUGGCAUGCUUGUGCUGGUCCUCUUGUUUCUUUGCCAGCUGAUGGAAGCCGCGUGGUCUACUUUCCGCAAGGUCACAGUGAACAGGUUGCUGUAUCUACCAACAGGGAAGUUGACACUUAUAUCCCCAAUCCAAGCUUACCUCCCCAGCUUAUUUGUCAACUUCAUAAUCUUACUAUGCAUGCAGAUACAGAGACAGAUGAAGUGUAUGCCCAGAUGACCUUGCAACCUCUAAAUCCGGAUGAGCAAAAGGAGGCAUAUCAUCCUGCAGAGCUGGGAACUGCAAAUAAACAGCCGACAAACUACUUUUGCAAAAUUUUGACUGCCAGUGAUACAAGCACUCAUGGGGGUUUCUCUGUUCCUCGCCGUGCAGCUGAAAAAGUUUUCCCUCCACUGGACUUUUCCCAACAGCCUCCUGCUCAAGAGUUGAUUGCAAGGGAUUUGCAUGGCAAUGACUGGAAAUUCAAACAUAUCUUCCGUGGCCAGCCCAAAAGGCAUUUGCUUACAACUGGGUGGAGUGUCUUUGUGAGUGCUAAAAGACUCGUUGCUGGUGAUUCAGUACUGUUUAUAUGGAAUGAAAAAAAUCAGUUGCUUCUAGGCAUUCGUCGUGCCAAUCGACCACAACAUAUGAUGCCUUCAUCAGUGUUGUCAAGUGACAGCAUGCACUUGGGGCUGCUUGCUGCUGCAGCUCACGCCGCUGCAACAAACAGUCGUUUCACCAUUUUCUAUAAUCCACGUGCCAGCCCAUCAGAAUUCGUCAUUCCCCUAGCGAAGUAUGUUAAAGCUGUAUAUCACACCCGAGUUUCAGUUGGUAUGCGCUUCAGAAUGCUUUUUGAAACAGAGGAGUCUAGUGUUCGGCGAUACAUGGGAACAAUAACUGGCAUCAGUGACCUGGAUUCUGUUCGGUGGCCAAGUUCACAUUGGCGCUCAGUAAAGGUUGGGUGGGAUGAAUCCACAGCAGGUGAGAGGCAACCUAGAGUGUCUCUAUGGGAAAUUGAGCCAUUAACAACAUUUCCAAUGUAUCCAUCUCCAUUCCCUCUUAGGCUUAAACGACCAUGGCCUCCAGGACUUCCUUCAUUCAACGGCUUGAAGGAUGAUGAUUUUGGCAUGAAUUCUCCACUACUAUGGCUCCGUGACGCAGAUAGAGGGCUUCAAACUCUUAAUUUUCAAGGGAUGGGUGUUAAUCCCUGGAUGCAGGCGAGGCUCGAUCCGUCUAUGAUGAAUUUGCAACCAGAUAUGUACCAUGCUAUGGCAGCUGCUGCACUUCAGGAUAUGAGGACUUUAGAUCCUUCAAAACAGCAUCCUGCUUCCUUACUUCAAUUUCAGCCGCCACAGAAUUUUCCCAAUGGUACUGCCGCUUUAAUGCAGAGCCAGAUGAUGCAGCAGUCUCAACCUCAGCACGCUUUUCCGAAAAAUCAAGAACAUCAUCAUCCAUCUCAAUCUCAGGCUCAAACACAACAGUUCCAGCAGCUUCUUCAGCAUCAGCACUCGUUCACUAAUCAAAAUUAUCAUCAACUGCAACAGCAGCAGCAACAUCAGCAGCAGCAGCAACAACAACAGCAGCAGCAGCAGCAGCAGCAGCAUCAACAACAGCAGCAUCAGCAGCAACAUCAGCAGCAACAACAUCAACAACUGCAACAGCAGCAGCAACAACAAUCAAAACAGCAACAAGUUGUAGAUCAUCAGCAGAUUUCAAAUGCCGUCUCUACAAUGUCUCAGUUUGUUUCGGCACCUCAAUCUCAAUCAACGCAGCCCAUGCAAGCUAUCUCUUCAAUUGGCAAUCAGCAACAUUUUUCUGAUUCAAAUGGGAACCCUGCAACUACUGCUAUUGUUUCUCCUUUGCACAAUAUGUUAGGUUCAUUUUCCAAUGACGAAACAUCUCACCUUCUCAACUUUCCUAAACCAAACUCUUGGGUUCCGGUUCAAUCUUCAACAGCAUGGCCCUCCAAGCGAGUUGCCUUGGAUCCUCUCGUUUCUUCUGGAACAUCUCAUUAUGUUCUGCCUCAAAUGGAGCAACUUGGGCAGUCGCAAACUACCAUGUCUCAAAAUGCUAUUACCUUGCCACCGUUUCCUGGUAGGGAGUGUGCUCUCGAAGGGAACACUGAUCCACAAAACCAUCUUUUGUUCGGUUUUAACAUAGAACCCUCGUCACAUCUAGUGUAUAACGAGAUGUCAAACCUUAAGGGUGUCAAUAGCAACUGUGACUCAUCAACCGUGCCUUUUCAAUCUUCUACCUACCUGAAUAACACAGGCGCCGAUUCUUCAUUGAAUAAUGGAAUGACACACGGUGUUGGCGAGUCGGGAUUCCUUCAAACUUCUGAAAAUGGAGGUCAAGGAAACUCACCAAACAAAACCUUUGUGAAGGUUUACAAGUCAGGGUCCUUCGGAAGAUCGUUGGAUAUCACUAAAUUCUCUAACUACCCGGAGCUACGCAGCGAGCUUGCUCGUAUGUUUGGGCUUGAAGGUGAGUUGGAGGACCCUGUAAGAUCAGGCUGGCAGCUUGUAUUUGUUGAUCAAGAGAAUGACGUUCUUCUCCUUGGCGAUGGCCCGUGGCCGGAAUUUGUAAAUAGUGUAUGGUGCAUCAAGAUACUUUCCCCUCAGGAAGUGCAGCAAAUGGGAAACAAUGGACUAGAGCUUCUAAACUCAGCUCCAACUCAGAGGCUCUCUAAUGGCAUCUGUGAUGACUACACCGGCCGCGAGGACCCGAGAACUCUAAGCACAGGUUUAACAUCUGUGGGGUCUUUAGACUACUGAACGUUGUCGUGACAACAAAUACUGUGAAUUUCUUCUCUCUUGUAUUAUUAUUACUCUUCUCAAACCCUCUAAAAAAUGGUGGGAAGUUGUUCCUAGUUGUAGCUUAUAGCUUACUCAUAAGCCUCUUGUUUUCCGUUUUUAUUGCCUAAAACAAUUCAUGAGCUAAACACUUAGCUAUAUGGCAACUUCUCAUUGUAGUUUCUAUAAUAUAUUGUAGAAUUCAACUUAAGUUACUUUAAGUGAGUCCCAUGAUUAAACUCAAAA